GACGGGACCGCUAAUUGCAGCGCCUUGGCGGCCUAUGUCCGAGACUAGGGUAACGAUCUGACUCGCGGGGUCGUUUCAUGGAGCACUGUGCGAUCUCACGACCUGCUUUUCUCCCUUUUGACCACCACAACCCCGGUCGACAUCGCUGAUCGACUUGGGCGAGGAUGAAAUUCAAACUGGGAAGGCGUUUCGCGUCGUCCGACAAAGACAGCGUCUCGUCGCCACCUGUGUCGGCGUCAUCGCCUUCACUGCCACUAACGCCUGCAAGCUGUCCACCUGUGCCAGUCAGAGGAUUCGAUCAAGAUCAUGGUAGGGUCGAGGGCAUUCCUCAACCACUCGGAAAUGGAAGCCCCAGGAGCAAAUUGAAUGUCCGGCAAGAUGAGCUCAAGGCCAAGAGACGUCCUUCUUCGGCAUCUUCCCAUCGUUCUUUCAGCUCGUCCUUUGCCAUGCAACAACAGAUGCCUCCGCUUCCUUCGUCACCGUCAUUCCCGCUUGCCAUCGCAAAGCAACGGCCCAGAACGAGCGAUGGAAGAAUGCGGAGCUCUUCGACCCCUGGACGGUUCAAGUCGAAGUCUCCGAAGCCUGGGGCCACGGUCAUACCUGUUCCUUCGAGGGACUCACCUCGCUCGAGGAUAUCUGCGCAAGGCUCGCUGGAGCAAGAGAGCUCAUUUGAAGAAAACAGAAAGAGAGGCAGUCUUCGGUCUUCCCUCGAGAGCGGUGGUGGAGCAACGGUCAGCAGCUCCUCAGGAACACGGUUGCGGAGGAUCGGUGGGGAAUGGACAGUGCACACGGGAGAAGAAGAACUUAUCAUUGCUGUGGAUCUGGGUACGACAUACAGUGGCGCAUCUUACUGCCUACUAAGACCUGGCAAGAAGCCCCGGAUAGAAGACGUCAAAUGUUACCCUGGACAGUCUACUUCGAACAACAAGGUGCCCAGUCUCGUGCUGUACGAUGCUCGAGGCGUGCCUUCUCUUUAUGGCGCCGAAGCUGCGGAAGGCUCGCCAGCUGCCUCGCGAGUACUCGAAGAAGGUGGUGCGGUAGCCCGCUGGUGGAAAAUGUCGCUCAAGCCGACCCACAUCGAGCUCGGUCGAAUUCGUAGCGACGAAGACACCAAAGGCCAUCCAAUAAUGAAUCCGCUACCUUUUGGCAUACGUGCAGAAGAGGUCGCGGCACACUUUCUGUCGUACAUCGUUUCUUGCGUUGGAACCCAAAUUGUCUCGCGACUUCCCAAUGGAGCGGCGCUGCUGGAGUCUUUGGCAGCGAGAACCAGAUACGUCAUAACCGUACCGAAUGGAUGGGAAUUGCCACAGCAACAAAUGCUACGCGAGGCUUGCAUCACAGCAGGACUCGUCAGUCGCGAAAGCGCCAACCUCGUUGUUUUCGUGACCGAAGCGGAAGCGAGUAUCAACUUCUGUGCGCAGAGCGACUCAUCAAGCAAUUGGCUCGAGCAGGAGGGACAACACCUCAUUGUUUGUGAUGCUGGAGGGGGAACGAUUGACAUCAGCUCGUACAGGGUUGAGAGCACCAGCCCUACUUUGUCUCUUGUGGAGACAUCGCCAAGCGAAUGCCUCCUAGCUGGCGCAACGACAAUCGAUCGACGAGCUCGAUCGUCAAUACAAAAACGGCUAGCUGGGACGGAAUGGGACAACAAGGAGGACCUCGAUGAUCUCCAAGCGAGAUUCAGCACGACUAUCAAAGAAGCUUUUUCGGACCCGUCUGAGGAAUACCACCUCGCACUUGCCAGCCGCAAUGUCAAUGUCGAGGCCCUAGGUAUCCGAAAGGGCAAGCUCGUCUUUUCAGGAAAGCAAGUGGCGGCGCUCUUUGAGCCUUGCGUUCGACAAACAGAGAGGAGUCUACGUGAGAGAGUCUAUGCGCUCGGUCAAAAUUGCAUCACAAUCGCCAUGGUUGGUGGCUUCUCCGAGUCCAACUAUUUCCGGAACGAGCUGCAAGAGAGGCUCGGAGACCUCGUCAUUCUCUGCAAGCCAGACGAGGUGACCUCGAAAGCAGUCGCUUCAGGCGCAGUGGCCUGGCUCAUGGAGGGCGUCGUCGAAAAGCGGGUUGCAAAGCUCCACUAUGGCAUUCGCUGCAGCACUCUGUACCGGCCCGAUGAGACAUCGCACAUCGCCCGUUUCGACCAACGCUUUGUGGGAAAAGACGGAAGGACACGCUUGCCCGGUAGUUUCGGCGUCGUUAUGAGCAGGGGUUACAUGGGACAUCAGGACGACGAGCACAUCGAGCGCUUCCAACUCGCCUGGAGGACCGAUCAGAGUCUGAUCAAAGACAUUGGGCUCUUCGUGUACAGAGGUGAAGAGGCUGAGCCCCCUGAAUUUGUCGAUGAACCGGGAUUCGAGGAGCUUGCACGGUUCCGCGUCGACAUGAAUGUGUUCCGUGGCUUGCUUCCCAUGCAGGUCACGCCCCAGGGAUCCAGCUACCACGCCGACAUCCAGCUGGCGAUGCGCCUCAACGGGCCUGAGCUUUCAGCCCAAGUCCUCUACCAGAGCGGUGGCCGAUGCUUCAAAGGUCCCGUCACAGUCAUUUUGAGUCAGGUCCAUUGACACGAUAACAUUGAUCUCCGCCCUUGUGACCGAAAGUCAUUGCGCUUUCUCAGUUGCGUUUCAUUCACGAU